AUGGCAUUGAUCACGCUCAUGUCUUUAAUCUUGCUGUCGGCGCUUGCCCUCCAGUCCGUAUCCUGCUUUAGUUUCAACAAUAAGCCACAAGACACGAAGACUUUCCCCCGAGCGACGCCGGUAAGGCUGAAUGCCGUGCGUAAGCCGGUGCCUCGAAAUCCUCGUCGAGCUUACCCUCUGGUGAGCAAGGAUGAGCUUUAUUUCUCCAUUGAAGUCACCCUCGGCGGCCAAUCUGUAUAUCUCGAAGUCGACACAGGCAGCUCCAACAUCUGGGCUAUCGAAAAGGGCUAUAUCUGCCAGCCGGGAUGGUCUUGUGACUAUGGCACAGGCAUUCAACUAAACAGCAAUUUUGAACAGCUUCCAGAUGAGACUUUUGUUACCGGCUAUGCAGACACUCAGGGUGCGAGUGGAAUCAUGGUCAACACGAGUGUUGAAGUCGCGGGGAUACUGAUUCCGGAACAGCGAGUCGGCCUGGCAACAUCGGCAAGCAAUGAGACUCACUUUGUCCUGUACACCGUCGGAGACGGGGUCAUAUCUGGGUAUCUUGGGCUGGCGUAUCCCAUCCUGACCUCGGAGACUGAUGAUGGGUUCGCUCAGCAUUACUCUUCGGUCCCGAACACCAUCUUCCAGGAAGGCCUCGCGGAUCCCAUAUUCGCCCUUGCCAUCUCACGGGAUGCUUCGAACACCGGAUUCGGGGGAUACAUGACCAUUGGCGGAGUGCCUGAUCUGUCGGAUGCUGCUGUGAACGCGGUUCUGCCUUACGGUUCCGCCCCCAUUGUAAUAAAUCCAGUUGUUGACGCAAGCCAAGUGACAGACUACGCCAUUUACGUUGAUGCUCUUGGAUGGUCCAGCCCCUCAGGAACAGGUAGCGGAGAGGACAGUGCGUCAGUCCUUUACAUAGUCGACUCCGGCACGACGAUUACACACGUUCCUGAUGCGGAUGCGGCUUCUAUCAACGCCCUCUUUAACCCUCCGGCCACGCAAGAUGACAAUGGAAACUAUCUCGUGCUGUGCGACGCCAAGGCGCCGGACAUAUACAUUACUGUUGGCGGCGUGAAGCUGCCAAUCAACCCUGUUGACCUCAUUCUUCCCGGAACCGGCACGUGCUACUCGAGUAUUCAGGGACUCCUCAAGACAUUUCCAGCCGGCAUUAUCGGGGAUACCAUGCUGCGUAGUCUGCUGGCCGUCUUUGACUGGGGUGAGCAGAUGGUCCAUUUGGCAAGCAGGCCGGAAUACGAAUCUUGA